AUGGCUACUGAGCACAAAAGCAGCACCGCAAUUGCCGAACAGCCUUGUUACGCAACAGAGUAUGGAGGGCUUUCGACAUCCACAAAUGUGCACGCCACCGUAUACCCCAGUGUACAUGACGAAGAAGCCCCGCAGUCGGUAUUCUCCAUAAUCGAACCACCUGCGCAGCUCUCGACUGUCACAACGCACAUUCUAGAUCCGGUCCCUAACGAUAAUGUUCCUGACGGAGGUCUCCGCUCCUGGAGCGUGAUUAUGGGGUCAUUCUUCUUGCUGAUGAGUACCUAUGGCUUGAUGAACUCCACCGGUGUGCUGCAGAGUUAUUUUGCGACGCACCAAUUAUCGAGUUACUCCACCAGUGCUGUGGGCUGGAUCCCUGGUGUCUUUCUGUUCUUUGGGUUGGGUCUGAGUGCCCAGGUGGGAUCGAUGUUUGACCGGUAUGGUCCGACAGGGAUCUUGAUCACGGGCACUGGAUGCUAUGUCGCAGGUCUCUUGCUUCUGGCGGAGUGUCGGCUGUAUUGGCAUUUUAUUUUGACGAUGGGGGUGUUGACCGGGACGGGUUCGGCACUUUUGAGUACUGUUGCGUUGGCGGCUGUGCCGCACUGGUUUGAUCAGAGGGUCGGGUUGGCCAUGGGGACUGCCAUGGCUGGUGGUGGAGCUGGGGGUGUUGUAUUUCCACUGAUACUAAGGGCGGGGUUUACGAAUUUGGGAUAUAGGUGGACAAUUAGGAUGCUGGCUCUGAUCAUUGCCGUUCUGUGUGGCGUGAGCAUUCUGCUGGUCAGAUCUCGUUUGCCGAAAGGUCGAAGCCGGUCGACUAUCAAUCUGCGGGCCUUCAAGGAUACCAGAUUCACUUGGUUAACGUUGGGAACUUUCAGCUUGGAGCUGGAGGUUUUUGCUGGAAUUGGUCUAUACCCAACUUACGUUGUGAUGCAGGGGUUUAGCACUUCAACUAGUGUUAUUCUUCUAGCCGUGCUCAGUGUAUUUUCCACGGUUGGCCGGCUGAUGGCAGGUGGGAUCGCUGAUAGAUACGGGCGCAUCAACACACAAGCCAUUCUGAUCGCGCUUGGAGCCCUGGCAAUCUUUAUCAUUUGGCUGCCAUUUGGUGACACUUUACCUGGUCUGUAUAUGUUCAGCGCUGUGUUUGGGCUCGCAUCUGGUUCUUUCUUGAGUUUAGCACCGGCAUGCAUCGGACAAAUAUCUCAGGCGAGUGAAGUUGGAGGAAGAUUCGGGAUUUGCUACUCCCUUGUCAGUAUAGCAACCCUGAUCUGCAUCCCAAUUGGUGGUGAAAUGUUGCAAAAAGUGGGCAAGAAAGCGAUGGUUGGAUAUCUAGGAAGCGUGCUGAUCGUAGCAUUGGGCAUGUUUACCAUGGCGCGUUGGGCGUGCCUAGGCUAUCGGUGGAGAUGGCAGGCCAAGAUCUAA